AUGCCUCCUCGCGCGUAUUCGAAGACCUCUCGUGUCCCCCGCAGACCCUUCGAGGCUGCUCGACUUGACUCCGAGUUGAAGCUCGUUGGCGAGUAUGGCCUGCGCAAUAAGCGUGAGGUCUGGCGAGUCGGUCUGACUCUGUCCAAGAUUCGUCGUGCUGCCCGUCAGCUUCUUACCCUCGACGAGAAGGACCCCAAGCGUCUGUUCGAAGGCAACGCCCUGAUUCGACGUCUCGUCCGCGUUGGUGUCCUCGACGAGUCCCGCAUGAAGCUCGAUUACGUCCUGGCCCUGAAGAUUGAGGAUUUCCUGGAGCGCCGCCUGCAGACCUGCGUCUACAAGCUUGGCCUUGCCAAGUCCAUCCACCACGCCCGUGUCCUGAUCCGCCAGCGCCACAUUCGUGUCGGCAAGCAGAUCGUCAACGUCCCCUCUUUCAUCGUCCGUCUCGACUCCCAGAAGCACAUCGACUUCGCCCUGAACUCGCCGUUCGGCAGUGGCCGCCCCGGCCGUGUUCGCAGAAAGAAGGCCAAGGCCGCUGAGGGCGCUGGCGAGGGCGAGGCUGAGGAGGAUGACGAGUAA